UUUUCAUCUUGCAGGAAUGGCGUUGCAAGAAAAAAAGGUAUAAAGAGGAGAAAAGGCGCAAACAUGAACUUUUAACCAUGUACACAAGUAUUUAUUAACCCUUUUAAAUACUUGGAGCCAAUUUGAGACUUUAUUUAACCUUUACAUCCCUCGAAUUGUUUUGUUGUUGGCUCACAUCUUCUCAUACAGGUUGUUUCAAAGCCAAGAGUCCUUGACUGCAAAAGAAUGGUCACCAUUUGAUUUGAGCCUCAACUUCAAAAGAAGAGAAGGGCCUCAACAAAGGAUUUAAGGUUUCAAGAUCAGUCACGAGCCUGGUUGGCCAUGGAGGAGCUACAACGUUCUUUAUUCAUGAUUGAUUGACCCAGAGCAGCUGUUACGUGUUUGUCUGAGACACAUUCAAAGAUUCAACUGGAUGUUGAGGAAUUUACUCACUACUGAAACUUUGUGAAUCAUAUCAAUGGCUCAAGGCAGCUACAUCCUAAGAAAUGUGCCAGGGCAAAGCAGUGAAGACUGUAUUCCAAACUACCUAGGGGUUGACUGCAGUUAUCCAUCGGAAGAGGACUACUUAAAGUGUGUGGACAGUUUCCAAAACAGCACCACCAUUAAGCGUCUAAGCCUCAAGAGGAGGCCCAGAGUGGCCGUCAAUAAUGCGGAAAAAACACAGAGUGGCAUCUCCUCUAAUCAGUGGCAUUCUGCAGAAUCCUUGUCAUCAUCUAGCAGUGAUGAUACACGACUGUUGGGAAUGUCUGCUACGACCAGAGGUCGACCUCCUCUUCCACCACCACAUGGUUCCUCCAUGGAUUACAAACCCUCGAGGAAUGAAGGACAAUCCUCCCUGACACUCACUGAUGUAAAGCCUCAGCCUGCCGCAAGAUCUCUUAAUUUGCAAAGGCAAAGCCCUGUAAUGGAAAACACCAUCAUGGAGACCCAUAAUCCCUUGGACAAGGAAGUGGCAAACCAGUCUCCUCCACAGCCAUACCCCCGAAGAAGACUUGCCAGCUUUGGAGGGGUAAGCUCGCCUGGGUCACUUUCCCCCUUCACUGGCCUGGGUGCAUAUAAUCAGAACAACAAUGGGAACAAGCCUGCUAGCACAGGAAGUGAUAUGCACAUCCAUCUGAGCUCGUCCUUGGCUGGUAGAGGAAGCACAGGAUGCCUCAGGCUAAGCCCACAGAGCUCAGGAAGAAGCACUCCAGUCACAAGUCUUGGUAGUCAAGCACACCUGCAACAUGUCCGUGACCAGAUGGUGGUAGCUCUGCAGAGGCUGAAGGAGCUGGAGGAGCAGGUGAAACUCAUUCCUAUUCUGCAGGUUAAAAUAUCAGUCCUUCAAGAAGAAAAGAGGCAGCUGGUCUCUCAGCUGAAGAACCUUGGUGACAACGAUGAGGAAUUAACUGAAGACAUCUGGAAGAAAGUCUAUAGCAUAGAAAUGUCUGAUAUUGACAGCAAGUUGAACACUGAGGAAAAGUUGGAGGGAAUAGCAAAAAGUGUCUGCACAGACCUCAGGGAGUUCAGGCAACUGACCAAAGAGAUGAAGGCGUUAGAAACAACCAUCAAGGGUGGAAAGCUGCAAGGACAGCAUGGAAUAGGCCAUAUUCCUGCACAAGACAAGACUACCAAGUCAGUCGCAGUUGGAACUGAUAAAGACAUGGAAACUACUUUGUCAGGGGCAACAAAGGAGAACAAGUAUGCACACACAGAUCAGGUGGAGAUGAGGUCCAUAGGAACCCAAGUUUCUGAAGCUAAUCUUGGUGUUAACACGGAACGGGAAGCCGAGCUUGACACCCAACAGCUAAUCAUCAGUGCCUUGAAGGAGAGAAUACAUCACUUAGAAGCAGAGCUUGAAGAAUCAGCUCUCCAGACAGAGAUGAGCCGCUUGAAACUUGAGAUUCAGGCUGCAGGAGCUAGGAACAGAGUUGAUAGAGCUUCGCUUGCCAGGCCAUCCACUGUAAGCACAGGCAUUGAAGCAAGGCCCCACACUACCAGCCAAGGAGUAGGUAACCACAUAGAGCUGAGAGAUGCCAGCACAGGGGAGGCAAGAGAGCUGAAGAGUGUCGGAGUAUCCACCAGUAGUCCUGCGAUGAGGAAUGUUGGUGCAGGACCAGAUGUACCCAUGAGCCACUGGGAGAUCAGAGAGCGAGUUGAGACUAUGGAAAAAGGCACUGGGAUCCAGGUUUUUACAAAGACACAAGGAGUUGGUGUGGAGAUAAAGUUCUGUGAUGCAGAAACCAACACUGAGGUGUCAGUAGACAAUCUUCAGUCCGAGAAAAGAAAGAUAAAGCAUCGUUCAGUUGCUUGUGGGGACUGUUCAGUUGAUGUGAUCAUCUGUGAAGCAAAGAAAGUGGUUUCCCAAGGUGUCGCCACGGAUAAAAUCCGAGGAGUGGAUCUAGGAAUAAUGGCAUCACCUCAGACAACUUCUCAGCGUACCAACACUGUGUCCAGUUCAGUAUCUCGCUUUACUAACACGAGACAUGCCUUCAACGCAGACUCAAGCACUAAUACCGUCCUGAGUACCCAAGACAAGCACACCAACACCACUCAGACUGUUACUAGGACAGUUUCAGUCGGCAGCAGGGUCAAAGAUAUCAAAAACAAACCAGACACACGCUCAAUAGGUGUAGGAACUGGAAAUCUACUAGAUGGUGCCUUCAAGCUAAUACCAGGUGGAGUAACUAAGGUUACCAAAGACACUGGUGUUGGAUUGACCAACAUUUACGAUAAUUUCCUUGUUGGGCUGAAAACACGAAAUAUGGCGUCUGGACCAUCCCAUCUACCUGACCCCAUUAAGACAAGGAGUGUAGGUGUAGGGGAAGGGAGGAUUCGAGAGUUUUCUGUCUCACCAAGUAAACUUAGCCAGCAGUCUUCUCAGUCCAAGUGGGAACCAGAGCUUAACCAUUACAUAGAGAAGAUGCACUGGCUUCUCAGGGAGCAUGGAGACCUCCUCACUGAAGACUACACUCCACAGGCUGAAGCGUUUGCCCAGACACAAAUUAGCCAAGGAAAUGCCACGUCCAAGCAAUCUUGUGUCAACAAACCCACAGCACAAGGAGGUCCAGAAGUCCACACUUCAGAUGCUCAGCCAUCAGUUAGCAGAGACCUUCCCUCUCAACGUACAGUGGAGUCCUCUGAGUGCGAGAAAGCAAACAAAGAAAUCUGCCAACGUGAUGGAGUCGAGGUGAAGAAAAUGAUACAGAUGUUAGAACAGCAGGCAUCCUCCGCUCUGCAAGAAAGGUCAGCUCAUACUGGUGUGCUGCGACCUGUAAGGAAGAAAUCAAAUGGGGACCAAGGCUGCAGCAGCAACAGGAAGAACAUGAAGUUAAUUGGGGUGACCACAGGAUUGGACCCUGCCUCAUCUUAUGAGCUCUCUGCAAGCGAGAAAGCUAGCUCGGAGGAAGCUGAAAGGAGAGGACACAAAAAAUUAAAGGAAACCUCUCAAGAUGGAACACAUUUAAGAAAGGGGAAAAGUGGUACCAGCAGGGGAUCGAAAGGGUCUACAAGACUGCAAAUACAACAGAGGUCCAAGUUGAGUGAAAAGAUGUUUUUUGCUUGUCAAGCCUUAAAAAAGCACCUGAGUGGUGAGACGACUCUAUCCAGCACAGAAUUGCAUGAUUGUCUACAAACCCUGCAGCAGGAUUGGUUCUCAGUGUCCAGUCACAAAUCGGCUGCUCCUGACACUGUGGAGGAUUACUUAUCUACAUUUCGGGUCAUUGCACCCUCAGUAUUGCAGCAUAUAUGUAACAUGGCUGACGGCAAUGGCAACACAGCUCUGCACUACAGUGUGUCCCACUCCAACUUUGGUGUCGUCAAGAAAUUGCUUGAUGCAGAGGUGUGUAACGUGAAUCAGCAGAACAAAGCAGGAUACACCCCCAUCAUGCUGGCUGCACUCGCAGCUGUAGAGAGCCCAGAGGAUAUGAGAGUGGUGGAGCAGCUCUUCAGUAAAGGAGAUGUCAACGCAAAGGCGAGCCAGGCAGGUCAGACGGCUCUAAUGUUGGCAGUGAGUCACGGCAGGAUGGACAUGGUGCAGGCGCUGCUCACACAGGGGGCAGAGGUGAAUCUGCAGGAUGACGAGGGCUCAACGGCGCUGAUGUGUGCCAGCGAGCACGGUCACGCCGAGAUGGUCAAACUCCUGCUGGCACAGCCGGACUGUGAUGCCACCCUGACUGACAGUGAUGAAAGCACAGCCCUGUCCAUCGCUCUGGAGGCAGGUCAUCAUGACAUUGCUGUGCUGCUUUAUGCUCACACAAACUUCUCCAAAGGACAGACCGGGGCUGCCGCUCGCCACAGGUCCCUCUCCUCCUCUGGUGGUAAAAAUAACUCUGAAUGAGGUGAUGUCCACAGCCUGAAUGGAUGCUUCAUGAAUAAUAUUUAAGAGGUGAUUCAUCAUACGUGCCCCAGUCACAAAAGAAGGGUCCCAGAAGACUUAAAUUUCAAACUUUUACCCAGACGACUAGUUAUUCAGAUAGCUGGCAUUACAGUGAAGCACUUGCAUAAGAUUGUAUAGACUGUGCAUGUAAUGGCAUGCUCAAUUUCUAUGUUCAUAAGCUAUGUAUGCUUUAUCUCUUCUAAUCAUUUUAAUUUUUUAUUAUUUAUAAGUUGAUAAUAAUAGCAAGAACAGAUACAAAAAGU